UGGUGGCUCCUUCGCCUGGAAACUCAAUCUGGCUUUCUUCUAUCUAACCACUCUCUUCUCAAUUCUCAGUCCCUGUCAAAUGGCUACCACAGCCAACAACGAAGACAUAGUUGCAGAGAUCGCCACCUAUAUCCGAGUCUACAGAAAUGGCACCGUCGAACGCCCCCGACAAGCCCCCUUUGUACCGCCGUCACUUGACGACCCUCAAACCGGCGUCUCUUCCAAAGACAUCGUCAUCUCCGACGAACCCCCCAUUUCCGCUCGCCUUUACCUUCCUAAAUGCACCACCCAAUUCCACCACGAUGACCACCAAAAACUCCCCAUCUUGGUCUAUUAUCAUGGCGGCGGGUUCUUCUUCGAGUCCGCAUUCUCUCAGCUCUACCACCGUUACUUAAACCUUUUCGUCUCCCAAGUCAACGUCGUCGUCGUGUCUGUAGAGUACCGCCUUGCUCCAGAACACUAUCUUCCUGCAGCUUAUGAAGAUUGCUGGGCAGCUCUUAAAUGGGUCGCAACCUGUUCAACGAAAGACCCCUGUGACGAGCCAUGGCUAAACUACGGAGAUUUCAGCAGGGUUUUCAUAGCAGGUGAUAGUGCUGGCGGUAAUAUUGUCCAUAACAUCGCCAUGCGUGGUGGGGUUGAGGAUUUGCCUGGUGGGGUUAGAAUUUUAGGUGCUAUCUAUGUUCACCCUUAUUUCUGCGGUUCAAGUCCAAUUGGGUCUGAGCCUGUUUCAGGGCGUGACCAGACGGUGCCGGUUUUGGCCUGGAAAUUCGCUUACCCUUCUGCUCCAGGUGGAUUGGAUAACCCCAUGGUCAAUCCUUUGGCUCCUGGAGCACCCAGCUUGGCUGGACUUGGGUGUUCUAGGAUUCUUGUGUGUGUUGCAGGGAAAGAUUCGUCGAGGGACAGAGGGGUUUGGUUCUACGAGGGUGUAAAGAAGAGUGGGUGGAAAGGUGAACUGGAAUUGUUUGAACAGGAAGGAGAAGACCAUGUUUAUCAUAUCUUUCAUCCUGAAUCUGAGAAUGGCAAGAAAAUGACCAAACGCAUGGCUUCUUUCAUCACGAAGGAAGAAACAGAGACAAUGGCUACCACGGCCAACAACGAAGACAUAGUUGCAGAGAUCCCCACCUACAUCCGAGUCUACAGAAAUGGCACCGUCGAACGCCCCCGACAAGCCCCCUUUGUACCGCCGUCACUUGACGACCCUCAAACCGGCGUCUCUUCCAAAGACAUCGUCAUCUCCGACGAACCCCCCAUUUCCGCUCGCCUUUACCUUCCUAAAUCCACCACCCAAUUCCACCACGAUGACCACCAAAAACUCCCCAUCUUGGUCUAUUAUCAUGGCGGCGGGUUCUUCUUCGAGUCCGCAUUCUCUCAGCUCUACCACCGUUACUUAAACCUCUUCGUCUCCCAAGUCAACGUCGUCGUCGUGUCUGUAGAGUACCGCCUUGCUCCAGAAAACUAUCUUCCUGCAGCUUAUGAAGAUUGCUGGGCAGCUCUUAAAUGGGUCGCGACCUGUUCAACGAGAGACCCCUGUGACGAGCCAUGGCUAAACUACGGAGAUUUCAGCAGGGUUUUCAUAGCAGGUGAUAGUGCUGGGGGUAAUAUUGUCCAUAACAUCGCCAUGCGUGGUGGGGUUGAGGAUUUGCCUGGUGGGGUUAGAAUUUUAGGUGCUAUCUAUGUUCACCCUUAUUUCUGCGGUUCAAGUCCAAUUGGGUCUGAGCCUGUUUCAGGGCGUGACCAGACGGUGCCGGUUUUGGCCUGGAAAUUCGCUUACCCUUCUGCUCCAGGUGGAUUGGAUAACCCCAUGGUCAAUCCUUUGGCUCCUGGAGCACCCAGCUUGGCUGGACUUGGGUGUUCUAGGAUUCUUGUGUGUGUUGCAGGGAAAGAUUCGUUGAGGGACAGAGGGGUUUGGUUCUAUGAGGGUGUAAAGAAGAGUGGGUGGAAAGGUGAACUGGAAUUGUUUGAACAGGAAGGAGAAGACCAUGUUUAUCAUAUCUUUGAUCCUGAAUCUGAUCAUGGCAAGAAAAUGACGAAACGGAUGGCUUCUUUUAUCAUGAAGGAAGAAACAGAGCUGGAUUGAUGGAUUCGACUGCGUGUGAAGUUACAGCGAUUUUCUGUAAAAUGUGUUCUUAUUCUGUUAUGCUCUUUGCGGUUUAAACAGGGAAAGAUUCAUAGUGCGUUCCCUUCCUGCAAAUCUGUAUUGUCAAGUGUCUAGAUUCGUUCUUGUCGCGUGUAUUUGGUUUUACUCGUCAGGAUCUCUUCACUAUCUGCUAGAUUUUUCUAAUUACUUGUUCGAACCAAUAUGUUGUUCGGAAAAGUUGUCAUCUUGCUCAUCAAUAAAGUUGCAGUACAUCUUGUUUGUA